AGCGCAUGCGCAGUAACGGUACAGUCAGACUUAGCUCGACGACUGAAGUGUGCUAUCAUCUGUCACAGCUUUUUAAACACCGGCAGCUUCAUCAUUUGCAGUUAAUACCUUCAUCAUCACAUUGUUCAUCAUCAGUGUGUCAUCAUGAGUGGAGAUCACGCACACAAACAACAUCAGAUGGAGUCCGGGUCUGUGGACUACAAUUCACACAAACACAAGGACAAACAUAAAGACAGAGAACACAGCCACAAAGAGCACAAGAGAGACAAGGAGCGAGAAAACUCGAAGAACGGCAACAGCGAACACAAAAGCUCUUCUGAGAAGAAGCAUCGAGAGAAAGAAAAAGAGCGGCUUAAGCACAAAGAAAAGCAAAAAGAAGAAAAGUUUCAUGGUUCUGAUGGGAAAUAUCGAGAUAAAGAGAACGGUUUUGUAAGCUCUCUGUCAAUUAAAGUGGAGGAGGACAAUGGCUAUCAUCACAACAUCAAACAUGAGAAAGCACUCAAGAGAGAGAGGGAUGAAGACGACAGGUGUGAACACAAACCCAAAAAGGUAAAAGUGGACAGCGAGAAGAAAGUGAAAAAACGUAAACAGGAGGACGACGACAGCGAUUAUGGGGAGAGGGAGGAAAAGAAACCAAAGAAGAGGAUGAAAGAGGUAAAGAAAGACACCACUGGAGGGAAGAAGAAAGCUAAAAAUGAGCCGGAGGAGAAGUGGAAAUGGUGGGAAGAGGAGAAAUACACAGAUGGCUCCAAAUGGAGGUUUCUGGAGCAUAAAGGGCCUGUGUUCCCCCCGCCGUAUGAACCCCUGCCAGACCGUAUCAGGUUUUAUUAUGAUGGAAAGGCCAUGAAACUAAGCCCUGGUGCAGAGGAAGUGGCCACGUUUUAUGCAAAAAUGCUCGACCAUGAGUACACAACUAAAGACAUAUUUAGAAAGAACUUCUUUAAAGAUUGGAGGAAGGAAAUGACGUCAGAGGAGAAGUCGAAAAUCACGGAGCUCAAGAAGUGUGACUUCAAUGAGAUGCACGAGUACUUUAAAGCACAAUCUGAGGCCAGAAAACAGAUGUCAAAAGAGGAGAAACAGAAAAUCAAAGAAGAGAACGAGCGCAUUCUGCAGGAGUACGGAUACUGCGUCAUGGACAAUCACAGGGAGCGGAUCGGUAAUUUUCGGAUCGAGCCGCCGGGUCUGUUCCGCGGCCGCGGGGAUCAUCCUAAGAUGGGCAAACUGAAACGCCGCAUCGCCCCCGAGGACAUCAUCAUCAACUGCAGCAAAGAUUCGGUUCACCCUAAACCGCCGCCCGGCACCAGGUGGAAGGAAGUUCGUCAUGACAACAAAGUCACAUGGCUGGUGUCGUGGACGGAGAACAUUCAAGGCUCCAUCAAAUACAUCAUGCUCAACCCCAGCUCCAGAAUCAAGGGUGAGAAGGACUGGCAGAAGUACGAGACGGCGCGGCGGCUGAAGAAGUGCGUGGAGCGCAUCCGAGCGCAGUACCGCGAGGACUGGAGGAGUAAAGAGAUGAGGAUCAGACAGAGAGCCGUCGCUCUUUACUUCAUUGACAAGUUGGCUCUGAGGGCCGGUAAUGAGAAGGACGAGGGGGAGACGGCAGAUACGGUGGGCUGCUGCUCUCUGCGUGUGGAGCACAUCAGACUGCACACUCAGCUGGACGGACAGGAGUAUGUGGUGGAGCUCGACUUCCCGGGAAAAGACUCCAUCCGUUACUACAACAAAGUCCCCGUGGAGAAAAGAGUCUUUAAAAACCUUCAGUUGUUCCUUGAAAACAAGCAGGGGAAAGAUGAUCUGUUUGACCGACUCAAUACAUCAAUUCUAAAUAAGCAUCUCCAGGAGUUGAUGGAUGGGUUGACAGCAAAAGUAUUUCGCACUUACAACGCGUCCAUUACCCUUCAACAGCAGCUCAAGGAACUGACCAGCCCUGAUGAAAACAUCCCUGAGAAGAUCCUCUCCUACAACAGAGCGAACCGAGCUGUGGCUGUUCUCUGCAACCACCAGAGGGCGCCACCAAAAACCUUUGAGAAAUCCAUGCACAAUUUACAGAGCAAGAUAGACGAGAAGAAGAAACAGCUCUCUGCUGCCAAGAAGGAACUUAAAGCAGCCAAAGCCGACGCCAAGAUGCUUCACGAUGAGAAAAGUAAAAAGGCUGUGGAGAUGAAGAAGAAGGCAGUGCAGAGGAUAUCUGAACAGCUGAUGAAGCUGGAGGUUCAAGCCACAGAUCGUGAGGAGAAUAAACAGAUUGCGUUAGGCACAUCUAAACUCAACUACUUGGACCCGCGAAUCUCAGUCGCCUGGUGCAAAAAGUGGGGAGUUCCCAUUGAGAAGAUCUACAACAAAACACAGCGAGAAAAGUUCGCCUGGGCUAUCGACAUGACAGAUGAGGACUUUGAGUUUUAAAGCUUUUAUUGUUGAUAUUUUGAUGAAUUGUUUAUCAAGGAGAUUUAGCGUAAGAUAAUGAAAAAAUAAAUACAGAACAAACCUGUAGUUUCUCUCAAAGUGAGGGUGUAAAUUAAUUGAGUGAUUAUUUAACCCAGACUGUUUUUUUUGAAAACAAAAGCGGGCCCAGUACUGAGCCUUGCUGAACACCGUGUUUCAGUUGUUUCAUAUCAUGCCUUGAUUUUUUAACCUGAUCUCAUGACGAAAACGUACCUGUGGGAACACCAAAUACAUGCCGGCAUGUAGGGUACAACAGGGCUAAAAAUACCCCGUAGGUGGCAAGGGCGUUCUUUUACCCCACACACGGGGUAAAAGGCACACAAUAUUGAUACUUUAUACUUUAGCUAAAAUACUAUUUUUUAAUCAUUUUUAAAUAAUGUAAUGAAUACUUGUUCAAAACAAUCACUUUAGCAAAGUUUGUACUAUUUUCUGCUUAUUUCGAUAAAUAUUUAAUGAUAUACUGUCAUUAAACUAUGUUAAUAUAAAACAUGUUUUAAAAUACAGAAAAUCAUUUUUAAAUGUAAAGAUUCUGAAAGCAUUGAAGGAGAUCCCAUAAUAAUUUAAUGUAGAUUUACAGUAGUAACAACAAAUGAUGUUUCAUUAUAUGAUAUGAUUAAAAUCAUGUUUUUAAAUAUGAUGGUUUCAUUUGUAAACAUGGUGAUUAUUUCUAAGAUGGACACCCAACAUAAUAUGUGACCCUGGACCACAAAACCAGUCUUAAGUCGCUGGGGUAUAUUUGUAGCAAUAGCUCAAAAUACAUUGUAUGGGUCAAAAUUAUUGAUUUUUCUUUUAUGCCAAAAAUCAUUAGGAAAUUAAGCAAAGAUCAUGUUCCAUGAAGAUAUUUUUCCAAAAUUCCUACUGUAAAUAUAUCAAAACUUAAUUUUUGAUUAGUAAUAUGCAUUAUUACGAACUUUAUUUGGACAACUUUAAAGUCGAUUUUCUUAGUAUUUAGAUACUUUUUGCACCCUCAGAUUCCAGAUAUUCAAAUAGUUGUAUCUCAGCCAAAUUUUAUAUGCUAACAAAACAUACAUCAAUGGAAAGCUUAUUUAUUCAGCUUUUAGAUUAUGUAUAAAUCUCAAUUUCGAAAAAUUUACCCUUAUGACUUUUUUGUUUUGUGGUCCAGGGUCACAUAUAUGGUAUUCACCAUCUGAAUCUAACCAUGUCAUGUCAACAAAUGGAAAAUUCAGCCUUCUGUUAAUUAUCAUGUUAAUUAUUGUGCCUUUUAGCCCCAACAGCAGGACGCUUUUUACCGCAAGUACCAUACUUUUACAUAUUCUUUCAUUUAAAAAAAAAAUUAAAAAACUGCUGUUUUAAUCAUCUUAAAACUGAAAAUCAUUAAGAAGACCUUUGUUUCAAAUCAUUUAAAUAAUUUGAGCGAUUCCUAUUUGCUAUUUCAAUCUACAACAUUUGCAGAAACAUAAAACAUUAGAUAAAGUAAGCACAGAAUCGGCUUUGUGCUGCUGCCCACAAUUGCAUCAAGGAUCAGACAAAUUUGCACGUGCAUCUUGAAAAGCGAAUGUUUUGGCAAGUGCUACGCCAUGUUUUUCUGCCAUCUAGUGGUUAAGAGGAAAAUAAUAUCAAAGGCACCUUUAGCUCUGUUGUUCCUUACCAUCUGUGCUACACCUAAACCUACCUGAUAGUAUAGACAACAGCGAAUGUGAUGUAAAAAUGCAAUCUCAUUUUAGCUUGUUUUUCUUUCAGCUCUUUCAUUGUGAGUCAUGUUUUUCACCGGAUUCGUACCCAUUCAUAUCCUAAAUCCAAUUCUGUGCCGGCUGAGCUACCGAGCGAGCUUGUUAGUAAAACAUAUGGAGCUGUAAUCAUAACUGUGUACGAAAACGAUUACAGGUGUUUGUGUUUUAUGUGUUCAUUUCUGUUGGAAACUACUGUGAUAUAUACUUAUUGGUACAUAUUUUGUGUCUUGCAAAAAAGUUCCCACAGGUACGUUUUCGUCUUGAGAUCAGGUGGUGAUUGUUGGUAUCCUUUAGUUUUAGCCUUCAUAUUUAUUGAUGAAUUGUAAAUUUUAAUAGAAAAAAAUAAUAUUGUAACCCAAGGAAUCCCCCCUUAAAUUAUAGAAAUGUUUAAUGAGUUGUGUGUAAAAGCGAGUAAGAAAAUGUUUUUUUUUAGCUGACAGGUAAUCAGAGGCACUAAUGUCAUGAUGAGGCAAUGCAGCAAAAUGUGAAUAUAGUGCUUUUCCCUUUUUUUUGUAUUUUGUUUUUAAAGUUUCUUUCAGGGAUGUGCAUUUGGUUUUUUUAAUGUGUUUGAAGAAAUGUAUUUUACCAAAAGAAUAUGAUUUUAAUGAUGUUUAGCAUUCCUUUUUAUUCUGAAAUUUAAUUUCUGUGCAUUAGCUGUGGUGUAACAGUUUUUCAUGCUAGAAAAUUAUUUAUAUAUUUCAUAGCACGUUGUAUGUGACCCUGGACCACAAAGCCAGCCAUAAGGGUCAACUUUGCAACUGCGAUUUAUAAAGGUUUUUAAAGAAGUCAAUAAAUUAAUAAAUACAACUCUUUGAGAUACAACUAUUUGAAAAUUUGAAAUAUGAGGGUGCAAAAAAUCUAAAUAUUGAGAAAAUCGCCUUUAAAGUUGUCCAAAUUAAGUUCUUAGCAAUGCAUAUUACUAAUCAUAAAUUAGUUUUGAUAUAUUUACAGUAGGAUAUGUACAAAAUAUCUUCGCGGAACAUUAUAUUUAUUUAAAUCAAUCAUUUUGACCCAUACAAAAAUGUUUGUUGGCUAUUUCUACAAAUAUACCCAUGCUACUUAAGUUUUGUGGUCCAGGGUCACAUUUAUGAAAACUUGUUUUAAGAUGGUAAGUCUUUAAACUAUGAAUCCAUAAAAGAAAAAGUUCACUUUAAUGUAUUUAUAGAAAUCUAUUAGGUCAUGUACUUUUUAAUUUGAAGUCUUGUAAGGCCCUGCUUACAGUUUUUAAGAAGAGCAUAUGUACGGCAUAUCCAUCUUUCACCCAAAUUUACAGCUGUUUUAUUUUAUAACAUUUUAAAAAUAUGAAAAAACGUAUCCAUAAGAAAAUAUUUUUUAUACCAACUGAGAGAAGGGCCAUUUCUGUAGGACUGCUUUUUGUAUAUUUUAAGUGGCUAUAAAUUUCACUUAAGUCAUAUGGUUCCUGAUAGAGCACAAAUAUUGUUGUAAAUGUUAUAUGCUAGAUUAAUAACACCAUUAAACACACUCUCAUUUUUCUGUAUUUCAUUGGACCGUAUAACAAUGCAAGCUUGAAUGUUGAUUUUGCUUUGUAUUAGUGUAUUUGGACAUCAUCAGGUUACACAGUCCUUUUGUGAAGGUUAUGUACUCAGUGUAAUUAUUGACAGUUUAACCGUACAUUAACUCUUAGUGUAAGCCAUGUUAAGUUUAAGACUGAUUUUUAAGUGGGUUGAUUCACAUAGAGAUUGCUUACAAUAAAUGAAUGGCAGAGAAAUGUAUAUGUAAUUUAAAUGAUAUUGGGUUUUGAAUGCAGGAAACUGAAGUUAAUAGAAAUGAGACUAUUUUAGAAAAGACUAGCGUCCUAUGUAGGUAACGGACAGAUGUAUACGUACAGAAUAUGAAAUAACUUCAUCUAAAGAUGAUUUUUCUUGUUGAAACGUUUGUUUAUUAACAUUAUAUGCCUAGAAUAAAGGUUUUAAGGUCGUA